CAUAUACUCAUCACAAUCAUUUUGAAAACUGAAUUCAACCCAAAAUUGUAAUAGAAAAAUAAACCCAAAUGGCUUUCGAAAAGGAGAAUCUUGAUUUGAUUUUAGUCCCUGCUGGUUUGCUCAUCAUGUUUGCUUACCAUCUAUUCCUUUUAUAUAGAUACAUACAUCGUCCUCACACAACAGUGAUCGGUUUUGAAAAUACCGAUAAAGAAGCUUGGGUCGAACGAGUAUUGCAGGCUGAUAAAGAAGCUAUUAGCAAUGCUCUAACAGUCAUUGCGUCGAACACCUCAGCUGCAACCUUUUUAUGCUCAGUUUGUUUAACACUAAGCUCUUUAAUCGGUGCUUGGCUCGGGAAUUCAUCAAAUAAUUUCUUCGUAAGCAAUUUAAUCUAUGGAGAUACAAGGCAAUCCACGAUGUCAAUCAAAUAUAUUUGCAUUUUAACUUGUUUUUUCAUUGCAUUUUGUUGCUUUGUUCAAUCGGCAAGGAACUUUGUUCAUGCAAAUUAUUUGAUAACUACACCCAAUUGUGAAGUACCGAUGGAAACUGUGAAAUUAACUGUUCUUCGAGGUGGUGAGUUUUGGUCACUUGGGCUUCGAUCACUCUAUUUUGCUCUUGAUUUGAUUCUUUGGUUUUUUGGACCAAUCCCAAUGUUUGUUUCUUCAGUAAUCAUGGUGUUUAUCCUUUAUUAUCUUGAUACAAACACUAAACCAUUGCAUUACCAUCAAAAUCUAAACACCCAUAAAGCUUCUUCAACAAGUAAUUGUUCGGUUGCCCAGUAUUGAUUUUUUUUUUACAAUCAGGUACAUGUCCGUUUUAUAGUUUAUUUUCAAGUUCGAGGUUAUCAUUCUCAACAAUCAUGGUGUUUAUCGUUUAUUAUCUUGAUACAAACUAAACCAUUCCAUCCUCAUCAAAAUCUAAACACCCAUAAAGCUUCUUCAAUAAGUAAAUUUUUUUUUUACAUCGAGUCCAUAUCCGUUUUAUAAUUCAUGUUCAGGGUCAGAGUUAUCCUUUUCAAUAAUUAUGGUGUUUAUCCUUUAUUAUCUUGAUACAAACACUAAACCACCGCAUCACCAUCAAAAUCUAAACACCUAUAAAAAGCUUCUUCAACAAGCAAUCAUCAUGAUUUAGUUGCCCAAUGUUGAUUUUUUUACGUUAAGCCUAUAUCUAUUUUACAGUUCAUAUUCAGGGUUAGGGACUGUUCCUUUCAACGAUAUUACAAUGUUCAGAGUUCGGGACUGUUCAUAUUUUUCUUUAAAGUGUUGUAUAUUUGUAUAAAUUUUGAUAUAUUUGUAUAUUCGGUUGCAUUGUGUUGAUAUAAAACAAAAGUUGAUUUUGAGUUUGAUU